AUGCAUUUCAUCUAUUUCUUCUGCUUCUUCUUCCAGUUCAUCAAUACUCAAACCAUCGCAGCGCAAACGGACCAAACAGAACCGUUGGAUUUAUCAAUAUCAAAAGUGAGAGAUGACGGACAUGGAUCACAAGGCUUAUCAAUGGGCGGAGAGGAUGAGGAAAGGAUUGGUUUGCAAGUGCUUCAAACAAAAACUCUGGAUUUAUCGGCUCCAAAACUGAAAAAGGAAGGGAAUAAAUCGCAAGGCUUAUCAGUGGAUGGAGUGAGUGAUGAAGGAAUUAAAUCGCGACAACAACUCGUUCCAAUCGAAACACCGGUGGAAGUGAUCGAGCUAUCAAGGCAAGAAAAAAGGACGAUAAAAAAGCAGCGUUGUGACAUAUGUCGAAAGGAAGUGGCAAAAAUAAAAGAACAUAUGAUGACUCAUACCGGUGAGAAGCCGUACAGUUGUUCAAUAUGCAAAAAGAAUUUUAGUCUCUCUGCGCAUAUGAAAGGACAUAUGAUAACUCAUACCGGUGAAAAGCCGUACAGUUGUCCGACAUGCAAAAAAUUUUUCAAUAAUUUCUCGAAUAUGAAAAAGCAUAUGAUGACUCAUACUGGAGAGAAGCCGUACAGUUGUCCGAUAUGCAAAAAGAAUUUCAGUUGCUCUUCGUAUGUGAAAGAACAUAUGAUAACUCAUACUGGAGAGAAGCCGUACAGUUGUCCGAUAUGCAAAAAGAAUUUCAGUCGCUCUUCGCAUGUGAAAGAACAUAUGAUAACUCAUACUGGAGAGAAGUCGUACAGUUGUCCGAUAUGUAAAAAGAAUUUUACUCAGUCCCAAAGUAUGAAAGCACACAUGAUGAUUCAUACCGGUCAAAAGCCGUACAGUUGUUCAAUAUGCAAAAAGAAUUUUAGUCGCUAUUCGCAUGUGAAAGGACAUAUGAUAACUCAUACCGGUGAGAAGCCUCACAGUUGUCCAGUAUGCGGGAAAAGUUACGUACGAAAGAGCGAUUUGCACAUUCACACGGCAAUUCAUGGCAUGAAUAGUAGACCAGUCUACCACUGCACUAUUUGCAGUAAAGACUUUCAGAGUAAACUAGGCUUGAAAUUACACAUGAAGAAACAUUAA